CUAUCUAAUUACUUUUCUCAAAAAUUCUCUCUCUCUCUCCUCUCCCCUUCUCUUCUCUCUUUCUCACUGAAGAGAAGUCUUUUCUCUAAAAAAAUGGACUCUUUGAUCAAGCUCUUCGUAUGCUUCUAUGUAUUUCUAUUCACGUCUCUUCUCUUUGCGGAAAUUAAUGGAGUUGAAGGCUCCGACAAGAACCAUCGCUUGUACGGAUUCAGACCAACGAAGCUGUUUGUUUUCGGAGAUUCUUAUGCAGAUACAGGGAACAUUAAGAAGUCUCUCUCUAGUUCUUGGAAAUUUCCUUAUGGUAUCACUUUCCCCGGUAAGCCCGCUGGUCGUUUUUCUGAUGGCCGCGUCGCCACUGAUUUUCUAGCAAAAUUCGUGGGGAUUAAAUCACCAAUCCCAUACUUCUGGAAAAGUUACGCGGGAAAGAAACGGCUACAGCACGGAAUGAACUUUGCGUACGGAGGAACAGGAGUGUUCAACACUCAAGUUCCAUUGCCCAACAUGACCACUCAAAUCGAUUUCUUCAAGAACAUUCUCACCGCCGGCGACAUCUACAUUCCCUCCAACCUUAUCUCCUCCGUCGCUCUCGUCAGCGUCGCCGGUAACGACUAUUCCACUUUCAUCUCCCAAAACCGCCCUGCCUCGGACUUUCCAGCAUUCAUAAAGCAAGUGGUGGAUCAAACAGAAGUGAAUCUUAGGCAGAUCCACGCCUUGGGAGUAAAGAAAGUAGCAGUACCGUUGCUGCAGCCUCUCGGUUGCCUCCCUGGCAUCACCUUUGCCUCCUCGUUCCAGCGUUGUAACGAGACACAAAACGCUUUAGUGAGACUACACAACAGCUUGUUGCAACAAGCCGUGAUAAAGCUCAAUAACGAAGCCAAACGGUCCACUUUCAUCACUCUUGAUCUCUACAACGCUUUCUUGACCGUCUUCAACAACAAAGGAGCAAAUCCAGGGAGUACGACGUUUCAGAGUCCGUUGAAACCGUGCUGCGUAGGCGUGAGCAGUGAGUAUAACUGUGGAAGUGUGGAUGAGAAGGGAGUGAAGAAGUAUAUGAUAUGUGAUGAUCCCAAGUCUGCCUUCUUUUGGGAUGGAAGUCACCCUACAGAAGAAGGAUGGAGAUCGGUUUACUCGGUUUUACACCAGAGUCUUACAGCGUCUCUCAUGAAAGCGUGAGGAGCAAGAAACACAGAACACUUUUAGGGUUCUUCCCCUAUAGCUCAGUUGUUUGUUUCUUUCUCUGUUUUUUUUUCAGUAUCUCUUCAUUGAUUUGUGUUUCUAUGUUCUUUCUUAAAGUUUUUGCCACUAAUAAAACCCUAAACGUGUUCAUUUCUAGUA